GCUGUUUAGUUAUCUAGCACACAUUCGCACAGCUGUAUUAAAUAUUGUAUGUUGGCAACCAUACAUUCGGCUUACGACAAAUUCGCGUCUACAGCACUUUUCACUACAUUUGUUCUUUUCCAUAAGUUUACAAUUUUUAAAUUAUUGUUUAUUCCUUGAUUUAUAAAUAAUUCACAUGGGUUAAUUAUAUUAUUUAUUAUAAAGUUGUGUAACAUUGAAAUUGCGUGAAAAUUUGUGAACAAAAUGUCCGAGAACGACAAUACUGCUCAAUUGCUAUUUUUUGACACCUUUUCCCAUGAAGUUGACACGGAUAUAAAUUUGGAUUUAGUUCAAUUCCCGAAACCUGUUUAUAUAAAGCAAGUAAGAAUAAUACCACUUGGGGCAAGAGUACAAGCCGACUUUCCAGGCGGCGUACGUCUUGGUGCUACAAAUCCAUCCACAUUCGAUAUUGAAUUUUUCGUUAACGAUCUUGGUUUGCCUGGUGCUUCAGCAUUUGAAAAUUUAGGUCAAUUGCAGUAUAAUCAAAAUGACUGCAUACAUCUUGAGUGUAAUACCGACAUAUUGACUGAUGGUUUAGUAUUGCGUGGUUGGUAUAGUACUAUAACUUUAGCUAUCUAUGGUUCCUUAACCAAUACAAUAAGUGAACAAAUACAAAGUCCACCACCACAACAUUGUGAGAUGACAGAUGAUAUAGCUAAUAUAAGUAGUGAUGAGCGUAAUAUACCUGUACAAGAAAAUCCAGUUAAAAGUGAAUGGAAGGAGCCGUUACCUACCGAACUAGCACAUCCACAUAAGAUAAGUGUUAGUGAAUUAGAACCAGAGGAACUCGAUUAUGGUUUACCGAGGGAACAUUAUCAUCAUUCUGGUGAUGAACGAGACAGACGUUUACGUAAAACAUCAAAUUCAUCUGAGCGUUCAUUGUCCUCAAGGAAUAGAACCCAUUCAGAAAAUAAUGACAGAGAUUAUAUGAGAUCUCGCUGUGAUCGUGAACGCGAACGUGAACGUGAAAAACCUGCCCGCAAUUGGUCACGCAGUCCUGAAUAUUCCAGACACUCUCGACGCAAACGCUCCGAGCGUUCUCGUUCAGAUGCUGAAGAAGCGCAUAAAUGGCCACGCACUCCACCUGCUUCUAUAGACUCACCGUUAAGACCACGUUCACCUGAUAAUAUGGAAUAUGCUGAUGAAGAUUUGCAUUAUAAAUUACUUAAAUCGCGUUCUUAUAUGCGUUCAAAUGAGUCUUUAGACAAUACUGAACCAGAACCUCAAGAUGUUGAAGAUGAAAGCAAUUCAGGUCCAACUGCCGAACAAUUUGAACCUAUCUUAAGUGAUGACGAAAUUAUUGGCGAUGACGAUUCAAACACUGUGGCUGAACCUGCAGUUGUAGAUGAAUAUGAGUUGGAAUUGGAUGCCGCUGCUGCGACACCCGAAGCAGCAAUUGUCGAGUUUGACCCAUUCAAAAUGCCGAUACUUAAACAUAAUAACGAUUUAAGUGGAUUCUGUAGCAAAGACAUAGAAGGGCUGAAAUUAUUAUUCAAAAACGUCGCGCUGCAAACAAAAUGCAAUAUCAAUGAAUUCAGGAGUAAAACAAUUACUGUCGAGGAACGAGAAAAUUUUGUGUUUCUGAGUGAACAAAUUAUAAAUCAACUUUCAUAUUUGGCGCAGCAAUACAAGCGUCGAAACUUUGUUCUGCAACAUUUUUUCGAAAGCGAACCAAAAAAUUUGUCACUGGCAUUUACUAUGCUUCAAAUUGGUUUGGAUUUUGAUGUAGCUUGUUUACAACCACAGCCGGCACUUAAAAUUAGACAUAUUAAAAUUGGUGCUAGGCUUGCAGAAUUACUUGGUGGUUCUCCAGACUUUCUAGAGUAUAUUCUGAAAAUACAAGCUUUUGAUCCGUUCCAAGCGCUAUUUACACUUUUCCACAAAGAUUAUAUGGCACUUUCUAUUAAACUAAUGCUACUUAAAUCAGUUUCUGCAUUAUUGGACACAAGAAUUGGUUUAGAACAUUUCAUUAAUGCUAAAGUAAAUGGAUAUCAAUUGGUUGUGAAGGCACUUCAGUUUGCAAAAGAAGCACGAACGAAAUUUGUACUGCAAGCAAUAAUCAAGAAACUUCAUUUGAUUGAAGCACUGCAAUAUUUCAAAUACUAUGGCACAACAUUGGAUCCAAAGCAGCAAAUCGAAUUUGCUAUAGAUCAAAUCUUGGACGCACUUAAUCAAAAUUCACUAUCUUACCAGCAACCCAAACGUUUUUUGCCUGUUUCAAAGAAAUUUGAAAUCAUUACUGAUGCUACAGCUCAACGUAAUUUUGCUAAUGCAUUGCAAGGAUUCUUUAAGGCAUAUGGCUUGGGAGAAACAUUAGUGAUGCUUCUAAGCAACGCAAGUGAUUUGCAACCGUUGGUACUAUUACGUAUAACAGAUUUAAUUGAUGCGUUGCUGAAAAGUCACGUGGGUUUGGAUUACUUUGUGGAUGACUGUUUCGAAACGACACAGAUUUUAAUAGCCGUACUGUUAGGUAUUGAUGAUGUACCAGUAACUGAAGCACCGGAAAUAAUAACAGAUGAGGUGAAGAUUAAAAAAAUGGAGAUAAAAGUAGAAGAAAGUACGGAUAUAGAAAGCGCAGAUGCAACUAAAACCUUUGUUCAAUCACCAGAUAAUGUUAUAGAGGAAACAAAUGACACAACAGAAGAUAAAUCUUUAGGUCAGUUGGAGGAAACAUCAGAUACAGCACAAAGUCUAGAAAGACAAAAUCUGCACCGUUUACAAGUAUUGGGCAUCGAGCUGGCAUAUAAAGUGCAAACACGUUACCAUUUGGAUGCUAUUGUGUCUUUAGCUACGUCCAACGCAUAUGAUGCAAUCCCAUUAACCACUCACUUGCAUGCGCUUUAUUCACAUACCUGCAAUUCAAGUGGUAGAAGACACACGGUCGAUGUGCUAGGUGCAAAUAACAACUUGCACAUUUUUAUGGAAUUAAUUAAGAAGGAGCAACGUUUGCAAUCUCAGCGUUUACUAACCUCACCUGCUAAAUAUAAAAGUCCCGUCUUAAGCUAUGCUGUUGAUUUGGUUGACUGUUGUGUGCGCUAUUGUGAAAACUUGGAUUAUCUGAUUGAGCACGGAAGAAACAUUUUAGAUUUGGCAAAAAAUCACGAAACCUUCGAGCCAUCAGUAUCUGCAGUAUUGCAGGAAAUGUUUGUGUACUUGAAACCUCUAGAAGCUAUAAAUAUAUUUGAUUAUGAUGACAUAGCCCCACUGGUAGAAGUGAUUACCAGAUCUUUAGAAUAUAUAACAACAUUUCCUGGUGAUUUAAUAAUGGGUUUACGUAUAUUCCGUCACCUAGCUAUUGGCCCUAUUCAUAAAGGGCUUAAAAGCACAGAAACAGAAGAGCUAAAGCAUCGAUUUGUCGCGCUACAAUUUUAUGCAGCCGAUGGCGUGCAAACGUUGCUUCAAAUUUUAGAAAAACUGUGUAAUUAUUUUGAACAGCCUGGCUUGCAUGCACCAGCGCUUAUGACUAUACAAAGCGUACAUUGCUGUCAAAUUAUUUUACCAACCCUACAGAUAUUACGCCAAAUGCUCUGCUAUGCUAUACAGUGUCGUGAUAUUGAAUUCAAGGACUUGACUGCAAUAGAUCAUCUAAUGAAAACAUACUUUUUGAUGCAUUAUAUGCCUGCAGCCAGUCCAGCAAAAGCUGAAGUGGAAUCAGCAAAAGAAGAGAUCAUCAAAAUAUUGUUGGCCUAUACACAGCCAAAUGAGCAGGAUGAAGAAUCACUACAUAAAUCACUUUGGACACAGAUGAUACGUGAUAUACUUAAAAAUAUUGAGAGUCCUUCAACCUUUAUACCAGGUCUGCACGUUUUCACGCAACUGCUCCCCUUGCCUUUACCCAUACCACUGAAUGCAGAUAUGCAGUUGACACGCUUACAAACACAACGAUUGAUAACAGAGCGAAAACUUUGGUCAGCUCACCUGCAUCCACAAAGCCAUCAAAUUGCGAAGCUCAUAGAAACAUUAGCGCCUUCAUCUUUUCCGCAAUUGACAGAUUUGUUCACGAGAGUUUGUGUACAAUUGGCUGAUUUAGCUCCAAACAUGACAUUGCUUAUUUCAAAGACAUUUGCAGAUUUAAUAUGCAACGAGUGGAGUAAUGCUUCGAAUGCACCUUCACUGCAUUUGGCGCGCCUGCUGAAUAUAUUCUCCAGACUGUCCGCAUAUGCCACACUUAAAAGUUCUGCAUUGUCUAUACUCAGCGGGAAGUUGUGGGAAGUUCUUCAAGCUGUGCUUUUGAAUACAGAGGCUGUGGAAAUUGUAUUCAAGUGUCAACUUUAUAUCCAUCGUAUCUUAGAAAGUUAUCUCGAUUCUGAAAUAUCUUUAAUAGCACCGAACUCCACUUCAAUACCAGAACUAAAUUUGGCUUCUGCGCUUCCACCAAAGGAAAUAAUACCGCAAAUUGCAGAAAGCAUUCUAAUGAAUGUUAUUAACACCGAUAUAACUCACGAAGUAUCAUCAUCUGGUGUUCGCAAUUUAGUCAUUUUAACUGAGCAUGACAUAACAUUCCAUCAUUUAGCGUUGGUUUUAAAACAAAAGUCAACGGAUGUGCAGCAGUGGAUGAAAAAAAUUAUCGACUUGAAUGAAGGUGGAAAUUACAACUCAAACAUUGAAUCUCUGGCGCUACUCAUACGUUCGCUUACACAUAUUGAAGAAACUGCAGGCACAGAUGCCACAGUACCUCCGCGUACUCUGAAAAUCGUAGCUAAGGAAUUGAUGCAAAUAAUUGGCUACAAGAAGAAUUGCAACGAAACAAAUCUGUUACAACAAAUUGUCACUAUAAUGGAGCAACAAAAUAGAGAAUCUAUGGACAAUUUGUUUUCAGAUCUAAAAUCAUUAAUUGAUGAGUUAGAAGGCUGUGAUGAUACACCAUUAGAUACAGAGGACGAAAAACCCAUACUUGAACAAUUGUUACCACAAACAGAGAGCAUUGUUACUCAGUACGAUGCACGCCCAACAUUUACAAUUUACGAGACGGAGAUCUUCGAUGAGAAACAACUAACAGCACGUUAUUGGUUGAAGCUAUUACAGCUGAAUGAAUUAUCGGCCGAAGAAUACAGCACACAAAGCGAAAGGGUUUCAUGUGAUUUAAAUGAAUUGGUAAAUUCGUGUUUGCCACCAGAAACAAAUUUAACAACAGAUUGCAAGCGUAUACUACACUUAUCCGCCUCACCACAAUCUAAUCGCGAACGUACGCCAACUGCUCCUUGCUUCCGCACACGGCGUGUCGAAGUGGAACCAAGCACCGGUCGUGUUGAGAAAAAGAUUUAUGUGACACCAGUACGUGGACGUGGUUUUGCGCGCGCACCACCUACACGUGGCGAUCUCUUUCGCUCACGUCCGCCAAACACUUCAAGGCCACCUUCAUUGCAUGUUGAUGAUUUCUUAGCAUUGGAAACGUGUGGAGCACAGCCAACAGGUCCAACUGGUUACAACAAAAUACCACCAUUAAUGCGUGGCUCACGAGUUGGCAGAAAUCGUGGCUCUCGCAUUUUAUCCUCAGCAGCAUUCAGAAAAACUAAAUUAAUUCGCACUGGUUCACCCUCAUGGAACGAAGGACCACCUCAUUACCGUACUAUGUCUGGCGAUACACAUUUCGGUACGGAGCCACCACACUACGCACCCUCUUCACAUUUCAUUACACGACCACGUGGUCGAGGAUUACGUUUGCGUUCCUAUAUGCGUUAAUAUAUUAAUUAUGAUAUUAAAUAAAUGAAAAAUAUUUUUGUUUUGAAGUCAAAUGUAACGAAAGAAACUAUUUCUCAGUAGAGAAGUUCAAACAGUAAUGAAUUACAACAGCAGCAUACGUUUUUUGCAAUCAUAAGUGUCCAAAAACAGGAGCUAUAGGAAGACGAAAGGUUAAAGAAUAUAAAAAUAAAUAAUGUAUCUUAAAUAAUUGGUGUGCAAGAGCACACAACAAUGAUUCAUUCUAGUUUCAAAUAAACGCGGUCAAGGAGAGCGUUUAACUAUUAUAAUUAUUGUUGUGUACUUUUCUAGCUAAGAGGCAACAAAUAACUUAGAAUUUGUAUAAAGAAGCUUUGUGAAGUAUUUGGUACAUCCAGCUUCAAAAUCUCGAUCAAUUUAAUGUUCUAAGCCUGGCACUUGCAGUUCAUAAAAUUAUGUACGGACUAAUAAUUUAAGCAAUACU